CUGUUGUUAAUUAUACACAGUUCAAGUGUCAAUAAGUUAACAAUGAAUCUAUUCACCGUAUUACUUCUGUGCAUUUUUGCUAUCGUUGGAGUCUUUGGUGCUCCUGGACACGAUGGACAUGGACGUGAAUCUCACGGUCAUGGACGUGAAUCCCAUGGUCAUGGACGUGAAUCUCACGGUCAUGGAGUUGAAUCCCAUGGUCAUGGUCACGAAAUCGAAUCACAUGGACAUGGACACGAAACACAUGGUCAUGGAUCGUCAGGUCAUGGAUCGUCUGGUCAUGGAUCGUCAGGUCAUGGAUCGUCUGGUCAUGGAUCGUCUGGUCAUGGAUCGUCUGGUCAUGGAUCGUCUGGUCAUGGAUCGUCUGGUCAUGGAUCGUCUGGUCAUGGAUCGUCUGGUCAUGGAUCGUCUGGUCAUGGAUCGUCAGGUCAUGGAGGUCAUGGACAUCACUAAAAAUCGACUAAUGUGGUCAGUUGUUAUCGAUGUCUCAGGGCAAAGUUGACAUACAACAUACAACAUAAGGUUGAAAAAUGUUCUGUUUAAGUGUUAUUUGAUCAUUCAAACUUUACAAUAAAUAGUUUUUCGACUAA